AUGGACGUGAAGAAGCCUGAGGCACCUCAGCACAAGGGCGGUCAGGUCGAUCCGUAUGACAUGCCUAGCUAUGCUGGCCACGGCGAACACCAGACCCAGAUCUUUGCGCAUAUCGCCCUGAUGGUGUUAGCAUGGUUCUUCAUCUUGCCAAUAGCAUCCAUGUUCAGUAUUGCGCGGUCGAGAUACGCUCUCCCAGUCCAAUUCCUGUUCCUCGUCGUCAAUGGCCUCGGACUGCUGUUUGGUAUCGUGUACAACAUCAAUACUCCAGACCUGUAUGUGCAUAAUGCUCAUCAUAGAAUUGGCUGGAUUGCCACGUGGAUGGUGACGGCUCUGGUCAUCACAAACUUGCUGUUCUUCUACUCGCGGAGAGGGAAGCAAUCCACAGAUCCAGCAGAUGAAAGGGCCGCCUUCUUGCCCGUGUCCGUCGAGAACAUGGCGCAGCAUAACUCGCAGCCAUAUGCUGAAUACCGCUGGUCCGGGCAUGGCCGGCAGCACAGCUCAGACUCAUCCACUCUUCAUAGCCGUGACGAUUCCCCAACCGUUGUGGGCCGACGAGAUACGUUUGACGAAUUUGAGAAGCCGGCGCCGGAGCCGGAGCCGGAGCCGGAGGACGACGAAGAAUUGCCAACUCCGCAGCGACCUAGCCGACGGUUGCGGUGGUUGCGCAUCGACCGCAUUGCGUUUGUCGACAGGUACUUGUCUCCGAGACUCUUGAAUCUGUCUCCGACCAAAGCCUUUCAAGCCAUCAAGUUCGUGUACAACGUGUUGGAUAGACUGAUUCUGCUCCUCGGAUUCAUUACCAUGGUGACGGGGUUCGUGACCUACUGUGGCCUUUUCAGAGCAAACAACGUCUUCACAGGCCUCGCCCACUUUAUCAAGGGAGGAAUCUUCUUCUGGUACGGCUUGCUCACACUUGGACGUUGGAUGGGCUGCUUUGCCGAUCUAGGCUGGGCUUGGAAUGUCAAGCCGAGCCGCGACGAAGUGGCCCAAUGGAAGUCCAAGAUUCCGUCGGCUGAGUUCACGGAAUCCUUCGUCAUCUGGCUGUAUGGCGCGAGCAACGUCUUCCUCGAGCACCUGGCCGCCUGGGGUCAUGAAUGGACUGCACAGGAUUUCGAGCAUGUUUCGAUUGCCGUCAUGUUCUUUGGCGGUGGCUUGUGCGGCAUGCUCGCCGAGUCCUCCACGAUAAGACGGUACCUCAAUACCGUCGUCGACCAGAUGCCCGCGCGAAAAGACGUCCACGAGAGUGAUUCCUUUGCAUUGCGGGAGAUGCCCAAACAAUAUACCACGUCUCUCAAUCCGAUGCCGGCACUCAUUAUCAUCCUCCUGGGUGUCAUGAUGUCGUCGCAUCAUCAAGACUCCAUGGUCGCGACCCAGGUACACUCUCAAUGGGGCAUCUUGCUUGUCGGCUUCGGAGUGGCCCGCAUCUGCACCUACCUCCUCAUGUUCCUCUCGCCUCCCAGGUCCAUCUAUCCCGCCCGACCACCGACUGAACUGGUGGCCUCUUUCUGCCUGAUUAGUGGCGGCAUCAUCUUCUGUGCCAGUGCCAGAGACAUCGUCCACUACAUGGAGCGGACGGGGCUCAUGGCCAUGUUCGUCUUGACCGUCACUUGCGGUUUCACGGCCUUUAUCAUGGCAUACGAGAUCAUCGUACUGUCGCUCAAGGGCUGGGCCACCAGGAAGGAGCGCAAGGCCCUUGUAUCCCCCAAGUUUUGA